AUGUUGUCUGAUCCAGAGAUUUUGAUCCACACGACAGCCAGCUUGCUAUCAUCCAGCUGCACCCUGCAGGAGCCCGCGCAAUCGCUAGCAGAAGCGAAGCCCACGCAUCCAGAGCCACGUCAUGAGUCGCAGCCGCCGGAACAGCCCAAUAAUCUCGCGCACACAACAUCUCUGGAUACAUCGCCGACAUUCUGUACCUCUGAACCGCAUACAUUCGCGCCUCACGAACCCAACCAUGAUUCAACGCAUACCACUAUACAAGCCUCCGCACAGAAUUCAUCCGUACCAAAUCAAGAACGUUCGGAGACUUCUCGAACAAGUUCAGUCCCGAUUCAUAGCCCCAAACCUGGCGGAGCCACCUUAGGAAACGAAAGUAUGGACUUCGGAGAAGCAGAGUGUGCCAGCUCGUGCCCACUAGGAGAAUUAUCAAAAAGAAAGAGAAGUCCAUCAGCACACUUGUCCUGUCCGCCCACUCCGCUGGUUGUGGUUCCAGCUCCGUCCUCUCCUUCUUUAUUGCGCGAAAGAUUUCCGCAGAACUCGAAAGGGAUGGUCGAAGAUCUCGAUGAAUCGGACUCAGCUCCUUCUGACGACGAGAAUGAUGCAGACUACCUGGAUCAGUCCAUGACAGAGGACGCCAACGAAAGCUUGCACUCAUCCAAGCGACGUCGUAGAAGUCCAAGCGACGCUUCGUCAGCCUCUCGAGGAGUACCUACAAAGUUAUCCUUGGAGUCCCCAUCUGCUGAACAGCCCGAGUCACCACAAGAGAAUAUGAGUUCAGAGACUGAAUCAAUUCCUAUCCAAGGUUUCCUCCGAUUACGCACUAAGGGAACCGAAGUCAUCUACACUUUGGAGGUCUCACAGACGCAUUUUUCGUCAUUUUUCGCAGACAAGCAGAUGGAAUCUCCUCGACCACAUCCGCGGACAGUUUAUCCCACGACGAGGGCCCCAUAUUCGCCUGAGGAGGAUGCAUUCAUUAUUGACUUGAAGGCUCAAAAGCUCAGCUGGGACGAGAUCGAGGAUCAAUUUGCAGAACGAUUUCCAUACCGGAAAAAGACAUCGCUACAGGUGCGUUAUUGUACUAAGUUGAAGCCCUUGACGAAAGAAAGUAGAAAACGACGAGUCAAGAGUUGUCGGUAG